AUGAGCCCUAUGGCUGAGGACACUGUCUCCAAAACAAACGGGAAUGGGACGGUGAAGCUCGCCGAAGACCACUCGCCACUUUCUGAAGGACAGAAUGGAGAUGGGAUGUUGACACCCUCGGAAACGGAUGCUAGUGAGAAUGCAUUCCUCGAUGAAGCGCCUCCGGAGACGUCCCUGACUCAAAGUGGAAAUCAGACCAGUGGGCAUUUAGUGGAAUCGCCGGAGGAGGGCCUCGGGAUAUUGGUUGAAAGCCAACCUGGUGACUACAAUAAGCGUGGACGUACUUCUCUCGUGAAUCUUCUGGACGGACAAAACGCAAAGGUGGCUUUAGCAGAGCUUGUUGAAGAUUCGACUCUGCGCCCUACGGACGAGAAGGAAAAGUCAAUACCCUACCGGGCUAUCGAACCAGACGCAACAACGGGAAGACGGACUGUGUCCGAGAAUGUCCCCUCGAAUGCUUCGCUGGAUCGAUCAGACGUCAGAAACACCGUGCGGGACUCCCUGUUGCAAUCCCUCGGCGAGACCACCUCUUCCAAGGCAGAUGUGUCCACAUCCCUAAAGAUCCGCCCGCCAAAGGAGUUCACUCUGGACGAGUCGCCGUUGCCUACUAGCCCGGUCGCUCCGCGAAAUGGCGCCAGCGGACCAGUUCGUAACCGACCCCAUGCAGCGCGCACGUUCUCGACACCUGGUCUUUCGCGGCGCCCGAACUUUGCAGCACCUAGUAAUGAACGUCUGUCCCAGACCUGGGCGACGCGCUCGAGGCACGACCGACCUGCUGCAGACCGUGAUUUGAAAACCCACCUUGCGGCAUCGCCCCAGAUUAUCGAGUCGCCUCUGACAUCUCCCAUGCCGCCAUCUAUCCCUCUCCCUCCCGUUUCGAUACCCACAUAUCUUCAACUUGAGCUUGCAUCUGGUCGUCCUUCACCACUGUACAUUCAUCGUGCUUCGAACAGCGAUUUCCCUUAUGAGUCGUCCAGCGCCAAAAUCGAAAGAUUAUUGAACUUUUUAAUUCUCCCACCCGCGCUUGAGCAGGUCCUCUGUUUCGGAUCACUGGCUUGUCUCGAUGCUUGGCUUUAUUCAUUCACGAUUCUCCCACUCCGUUUUGUGAAGGCAUUGUAUAUGCUAUGCGAGUCAUGGGUGAUGAAUAUGCAGGGGGAGGCCCGCUUUAUUUGGAGAUUCGUUGUCAACGGCGUCGGGCGAGUUUGGCGGAGGAGAAACUUGUCUUCUGGAGAUGACCACGGAGAAAGACGCGGAAGCGAGCCUGACGCGACGCCUCGAUUACCCAAUGGGUCUUCUGCGCAAGAUCUUUCUGCAUUGGAUCGGGAACACCGAUGUAGACACGACCAGGCAAAGCGACGCCAUCGUGGCUCUGAGUCUCGGCGGCAUCAUCGAAGACAAAAGUCAAUUCCAUCGCCCCUGCUUCCCGACGACAAGGCAGAUAUUCUUACAGGCUUGCUCAUGAUAGCUACCUGUUGCGCUUUAAUGUACUUCGAUGCCAGUCGAAUGUACCAUUGGAUUCGUGGGCAAGCUGCCAUCAAGCUUUAUGUAAUUUACAAUGUGCUCGAAGUCAGCGACAGACUCCUAGCCGCUCUUGGUCAGGAUGUUCUAGAGUGUCUCUUUUCACGCGAAGCCCUCGAGCGUCGUCCAGAUGGUCGGAGUAAAAUUUUCCGUCCAUUUUGGCUUUUCUUGCUCGCUCUGGGCUACACAGUAGCUCAUUCGACCUCCUUGUUCUACCAAGUCAUGACUUUGAAUGUUGCUGUGAACUCCUACUCGAAUGCCCUCAUCACGCUUCUGCUGUCUAACCAGUUCGUGGAGAUCAAGUCAACUGUUUUUCGCAAAUUCGAGAAGGAGAACCUCUUUCAGCUCACCUGCGCUGAUGUUGUCGAACGAUUUCAACUCUGGUUGAUGCUCACCAUAAUUGCGUCCCGCAAUAUUGUUGAGACGGGCGCCUUCAGCUUUAUUGGGGACUUGAGCUUGGGCCCGAGCUUCUCUUUCUCUGCCCCGUCUACGAGUACGAACAGCACGCCGCUGUCCACGCCUCCACGAACCGCAUCCUCGAUCCUCCCUCAGUCAUUCACAUUCUUUCCCUCUUCCAUCCUGUCUUCCGUCAGCAGUGUCAACUCAUUUCUUCCCACAUUGGCACAGGUUCUUGGGCCUUUUUUGGUGGUGCUGGGAUCUGAAAUGUUCGUGGAUUGGCUGAAACAUGCCUACAUCAGCAAGUUCAACAACUACCGCCCUGCUCUGUACCGUCGGUACCUAGACGUCCUGGCCAAGGACUACUACACGAAUGCCUUUGGUGACCAGAACCUGACCCGUCGUCUGGGUUUGCCCGUCAUCCCACUCUCGUGUCUCUUUGUCCGUGUGUCAGUGCAGACAUACCAAAUGUUCCUGGCGUCUUUAAUGCCGCAACACCCCUCCUCAACAGCUAUGGAGUCGACAUCUCUGUCAUCUAUCCAUAACCACUACGCGCCCUCCCCUAUCCCAUCGACAACCCCUCUCACAUUCCAAACUUUCAUCCCCGUGUCCGUCGCCCACGUCAACGCUCUCUUCCGUACCCUUCUCGCAAACGCCAUCCCAUCUCCAGCACAAUCCGUCCAAAUAUUCACCGCCAUUCUAAUAUUGACCGGAUUCAUCAUCCUGCUCAUACUCAAACUCCUCCUGGGAAUGCUCCUUCUCGCCUUCGCUCGCUCUCGAUACAAGAAGAUGAAAGCCGGUGAAACGGAGCUUCGCAAGUCCUCUCAUGCAUCGUCACAACCACAGCCUGUAGCUGAAACGCCUGCACAGCGAAAGGAUGAAUUCAACGUUGAGGGAAGCCGUCGUGCGGGUGGUUGGGGGAUGGUGGAGGUCGGAGAUGAGAAGCGUCGUUGGAUAUAUGCGGAUGACUCGGAGGGACUUAGACGGGUCAAGGAGAAGGAGGAUCGGGAUAAGAACAAGGAUAAGGAUUUGAAGAUCGACCAUGUGCAGCGGUAUGAGAUGGUUGCCAAGAAGAUCUGGUGA